AUGAAAAUCUCCAGUCGAAUUCAAGGGUCCUUAUGCGGCACGAUACUCCCGUUCCGACAGAGCCUGUGGCCACAGAUCAGCUUCGUGUAUGGGGCGAGGGCUGCUCAUGGAUGGCAAUUGCGGCCGAAGCUGCGCAAGGAGCGCGGCCGAAGUCACAAUGCCUCGACGAACCGCUCUGCCGAAACGCAAUUCUUUUCCUCGUGGAUCCUGCCCCCGGUCGUUUUGAACCCAUUUCGCUACACAACGAGAAUCGGCGAGUGCACGUUCAGGCUCUCGAACGUCCCGAAAAACACAAGAUCGAGCCAUUCGAGCGCAGAAGGGAAAGCGGCGACAGGCCCUCAAGGCUUGAAAAAGGAAGAAUUGCUGUCUUUGGUUGACCAGACUCAAGAUACAACAAUAGAUGAGCAUCUGCAACUCACCAGAGACCCAUACAUGCGAGGGUAUGCGCCAGCAGACGGACCCGACUUGGCCGUUUCGGACCGCCGGGAUGACAAAGACUUCCCAUCGUUCUACGAGACGAGGGAAGGAGGCGAGCACGAGCAGGAGAUUCUGGGCAAACUGUGGCGUGCAGUGCAGCGCCGGCUGAGGAACCCCUACAAAACCGACAUCGAGUACAUAUACGGGCUGUACCAGAGCCUGCCCGAGCCGCGGAUGCCGUAUCUUCACGCGAAGAUUCGCCACGGCUUGAUGAAAUGCCUCGGCCGCGAGGAGAAAAACUCGAAGUCCAUGUUGCGCUAUUUCGCCGUGGUCGCGGACAUUCAGAGCAACGGCCUACGCCUCACAAGACCCGAGUGGAACGCUGCCCUGUCCUUUGCGGCCCGGCACGUGGGUCACUCGACAGAAACGGAGGCGGCAGCGACUAUGAACUUAUGGAGAGAAAUGGAGCAUGACGCUGGCAUCAGUGCCAAUGCUGUCACCUUCAACAUCCUGUUCGAUGUCGCAUCAAAAGCCGGAAACUUUGUCCUCUCAGAGAUGCUGUACAAGGAGAUGGACAAGCGUGGUUUCAAGUACAACAGAUACCAUCAUGUCAGCUUGAUUCACUUCUUCGGGCUGAAGAUGGACAGCGACGGCAUCCGAGCCGCCUACAAGGAAAUGGUCGAAGACGGUGAAAUGAUUGACACCACGGUGCUCAACUGUGUCAUCGCCGGCCUCCUUCGCUGCGGAGAGGAGUACGCGGCUGAGCGCGUCUACGAGCGCAUGAAGGCCGCACACGAGCGAGCUCCCGCCAUGCCCUACCGGAACUACAUGAACGAUGGUGCCAUCACCAAAGUCCUAAUGAUGUUCGCAAAGAUUUCAAAACAGGACCCCAAGUUUCGUCGUCGGCAACUUCAAAAAGCUUCACCAAUAGUCCCCGACAUGCAGACUUAUCGUAUUCUGUUGAAUCACUAUGCGGUCAAGAUAUCCCCCUACACGGGGCUGUUUUCCUCGCGCUUCAAGGGCUUCGGCCUAUACGGCGGGCCCGAGGGUCAGGUCUGGGGCCCUCAGCGACUCGAGAGUGUGUGGAACGCCUUCGCCCAGGCGCUCGCAGAGCACACACACGGCCUGUACGUCGACGUGUGGAUGGCGAAAUGGAUCCUCCGAGCAUUCCGCAAAUGCGAUACCGGGGCCCGGGUCAGGGAGAUCUGGGAGGAGCUUAAGCCGAGGUGCGAGGCGGAUUUCGAGCCCGAGGACGUCGAGCAUUUUGAGGAGUUCUUGGUCGAUCUCUUCGAAGGCGGCGAACAGGCGAAGGAAUACAGAGAUACAGGAAUGUUUGGGAAGGCCGGGACUUGGAAGUACGACUGA